AUGUUCUUCGCCAAUGAGCAGCGCGAUAACGUCCGGGAAGAGAAUCCUGGAAUUUCUUUCGGCCAGGUUGGCAAGGUCCUUGGAGAGAGAUGGAAGGCGUUGAACGAGAAGCAGCGUGCUCCGUAUGAAGCCAAGGCUGCUGCCGACAAGAAACGCUAUGAGGAUGAAAAGGCCAGUUACAAUGCGCACGAGGAUGAAGACGAGUCCUCUUAA